GAUAAUCUACACAUAAGCUGCUAUGAAUGAUAAUUUAUGUAAUUGUAUUUGUGUACCUGUACGUGAAUAAACUUAUUUAUAGAGUAAGUAAGGGAUAAAGUAAGGUACAGAUAUACAUAAAUAGUUACACAAAUUAUUAUAUAUUGUAAUGUGUGUAAAUUACCAUUGGCCCGUGGUCUGGUAGGCAACGUUCACGCUUCUUACGUUCAGUGUCUAUGGUUCAAUCCCCGGCAAGAGUGGAAACACUGGGCUUGUUUCCUUAUACAUAUUGUCCAUGUUCACCUAGCAAGCAAAUUAACUCUAUGGUUGACAUAGUGUAUUGUGGCACAAGGAUGGCACCAGAGGUUGUAGACAAUGAGAGAGGGACUGAUGCAGAAAUUCCAUUACAAGUGGCUGAGGACUUCCAAGAGGAGUACUUUACCAGUUACGAAGAUGUGGAGAUCCACAGAUUGAUGGUUAGUGGAUUCCCCCCGGAACAAAAGCAUAUAUGCUCGAUCAAUCAACAACAACAAGCACUUGUUUAA